ACAAGACGUUUAUGUGGCGGUACCGACGAAAAAUAAAUAAAUAGGCACACAUAUUCAAAAUACAUUAUCAAACAUUUCAUGCAUGUACAUAGCCUGUUAUACAUUGUUAAGGUUACGUUAUACACAGGCUACAUUAUAAUGAUAUGUUAAAAUAAAUAUGCAUAACACUUGAACUAUGAUUAAAGCCAUUAAAACCAGUCCUAUUCUCAAAUGAUAGCAUUUAACCGCAUAUUAAUAUUUUUCUUGAACGUUUCCAAAGAACAUGUGACUCGUAUGACGUAAUCAAACCAAAUCCGUUGAUCGGCGCUCGAUUGAUACAGUUACCAGUCGCUGCAUGGUGUUUGUAGGAAGUCAUGUGAGCCGGGGCAUAUGGUAGCUUUGGUCAAUUGUUGAUAUUGAAAAACAUUGCGAUCUACCUCUGUCAUCACCCGCGAGAAAAUAUUCAUCAGGUUUACGUUCUGUACAGAAAUAAUCGCGGGUUUCGGAUCGUCGUCUCUGAAUUAAGUUCAUAGAGGGGCUAGGGCUUUUAUUCUGUUUUGGCAGUAAGUUAGCUGCUCUCAUCCUCUGCUCCCCGCUUUCACUUGAGUGUCGCAGACAGCAGGUCCUAUUAUCUUAUAAGUGAUGCUUGUGAUGAGAGUCCGCCGCGGAAACACAUUUUAGGGCGUCGUCUUGUCUGUAAACAAUACAAGUGACGAGCAAAAUCUUUUGGAUGAAACAUUAAUACAUUUAUUCAGUCAUACACUAACUGAACUGUCAUCUAAUGAGACUUUCUCUUUAUUCACUAAGCUUUAUUCGGAGACCAGUUUUAACAAUUCGUAGUUGUGGUUUAUGCGUAAUUUAAGGGGGUUUUCGGAAAUACUUUGAAAAAAUGAACACAGAAAAGGAUUUUUCUCCAUUGACACCAAACAUUGUGAGAGCUCUCAACGACAAACUGUACGAGAAGAGGAAGGUGGCAGCUCUUGAGAUUGAAAAGCUAUUCCAUUUAUCCGCUUUUUCCCAAUCUUCUGUCAGGCUUGUACGGGAAUUCGUCGCCCAGAACAGCUCUGCACAGAUCAGACAUGUCAUCCAGAUACUGGCCACAGAGUUUGCGCUCUCCCAGCACCCUCACAGCCGAAAGGGAGGCCUCAUUGGGUUAGCGGCGUGCUCCAUUGCCCUGGGGAAAGAUUCUGGAUUGUACCUGAAAGAACUCAUUGAUCCGGUUCUUACAUGUUUCAAUGAUUCUGACAGCCGUCUGCGCUACUACGCCUGUGAGGCCCUUUACAAUAUAGUGAAAGUUGCCAGGGGAGCAGUGCUGCCCCACUUUAAUGUGCUGUUUGAUGGGCUUAGCAAGCUCGCUGCAGAUCCUGAUCCAAACGUAAAGAGUGGAUCUGAGCUCCUGGAUCGGCUUCUUAAGGACAUUGUAACAGAGAGCAACAAAUUUGACCUAGUGGCUUUUGUCCCGCUGUUGCGUGAGAGGAUUUACUCAAACAACCAGUAUGCCCGCCAAUUCAUUAUCUCAUGGAUCCACGUGUUGGAGUCGGUUCCUGAUAUCAACCUCUUGGAUUAUCUGCCAGAAUUUCUAGACGGACUCUUUCAGAUUCUUGGGGACAGCAGCAAAGAGAUCAGGCGGAUGUGUGAGGUGGUUUUGGGGGAAUUCCUGAAAGAAAUUAAGAAGAAUCCAUCCAGUGUCAAAUUUGCGGAAAUGGCCAACAUAUUAGUCAUCCACUGUCAAGUGUCUGAUGAAUCAAAGUCGACUAACGAUCUCAUCCAGUUGACAUCGAUGACAUGGAUGAGGGAAUUCAUUCAGCUUGCUGGAAGAGUGGUACUGCCAUAUUCCUCUGGCAUACUGACAGCAGUGCUGCCUUGCCUUUCCUAUGAUGACCGCAAAAAGAAUACUAAAGAGGCUGCCAGUGCAUGUAAUCAUAGCCUGAUGAAGCUUGUGACUCCUGAAGAUGAUGAAGAUGAUGAAGAAUCACAGACCAAAUCGUCCCCUCCGGGUGAUGGGACUCCAUCUAAGAAAGAGGGUGAUCUGAAUGAUUCCCUAAAUGAGUCUCAGGAGUCAGUAGGCUUCAGCAACAUCUCCUUCUUCACUCCAGCAAGUUCUGACAGGUCUGCUGUAACUCUGGAUCUGGAUGGCAUAGUGCAAGUACUGGACAGACAUUUACACGAUUCAUCCACCGGAAUGAUGACUCGCAUCGCUGUGUUGAAGUGGUUGUACCAUUUGUACAUCAAGACCCCUCGCAAGAUGUUCAAGCACACAGAUAGUUUGUUCCCCAUGUUACUGAAGACACUAUCAGAUGAAUCUGAUGAAGUGAUUUUAAAAGACUUGGAGGUUUUAGCAGAAAUUGCAUCAUCACCUGCUGGUCAGACGGACACAUCUGGGUCGUGCGACAGCUCGGAUAGCAAAACAGAGCUUUAUAUUCCAGGUGGGGUCAGAGAUGGACAGCCAGUGGUGGUUGGUUCAAAGGUGACAGAUUUAUCUCCAUCGACUCCCAGCAUGAAUUCAUACUUCUACAAGUUCAUGAUUAAUUUGCUCAAGCGCUUCAGUUUAGAGAGGAAGCUUCUAGAAAUGAGAGGGGCUUUCAUUAUCAGGCAGCUGUGUCUCCUCCUGCAUGCGGAGAACAUAUUUCACUCUAUGGCGGACAUCUUACUCAAGGAGGAAGAUCUGAAGUUUGCCUCCACCAUGGUGCAGACACUUAACACUAUUCUGCUUACCUCAGCUGAACUCUUCCAGCUGCGGAACCAGCUCAAGGACUUGCGCACACAGGAAAGCUGUGCUCUUUUCUGCUGCCUCUAUCGCUCUUGGUGUCACAAUCCAGUGGCCACUGUGUCGCUCUGCUUCCUGACACAGAACUAUCGGCAUGCCUAUGACCUCAUCCAGAAAUUUGGAGACCUGGAGGUAACUGUGGACUUCCUCAUGGAGGUGGAUAAACUUGUGCAGCUAAUCGAGAGCCCCAUCUUCACCUACCUUCGUCUGCAGCUACUGGAUGUAGAGCAUAACCCGUAUCUCAUCAAGGCUCUGUACGGCCUGCUGAUGUUGCUUCCUCAGAGUCAGGCUUUCCAGCUGCUUUCACAUCGGCUCAGCUGUGUGCCAAACCCUGCACUCAUGAGGACCGUGGAAGACCCAAAGGCACCCGUCAAAGACAAACGAUUAGCCCAGCCAUACAUCGACUACAGUGAACUGCUCCAGCACUUUGACAGAGUCCAGAGCAAACACCUGGAAGUGAGGCAUCAGAGGGCGGGACGCUCUGAGCACCCAGACAGGAAGUUGUAAAGGUCACAUACAGGAUGAGAUUAUGCAGCCUUUGUCCGAAAAGACUGGAACCUCAGUUGGACCUGUAGUGGGCAUCUACGUGUCACCUUAUUCAGUUUUUAAUGUAUUCAAGCUACUAUAGGCAUGAGGGACUUCAGUGUGCUUUAUUUUUUAUACUACGUGAAGUGCUUUAUAUUCAGGUGCUGGAGUUGAUGUAGUAUGUAUAUACUUGGACAUAAUUGGACUAGGUCAUCUGUUACAGAUUAAGGGCCAGUGGUUAUAUCAUUCCCAACUGACUGGUUUAAUAUAACCCUCCCCAAACCAUUUGUACAAAAUACCUUGCAUGUAGCCCUGGAUGUUUAUUAGAAAUUUUUAUCUAAAACUUGAUGUCUUCUCAUGACAAGUACUGUAAAUGAGUCUUUAAUGGACAAUUGUCUUUUUUUGUAUUGCGAUUUUAUCUCUCACACAAACCACAUCCAACAAUAUUCAGUUUCCUCAGCAUUCCCUUAGGAGUCUGCUUGUCCUUUUUCCCACGUUAACAUAUUCAUUCUUGGUCUUAUGUACAUGCAAGCUGUUUCUCUGUAAUGUGAAGACAAAGUUACAAUAAAGUGGACCAUGAUCAUUA